AUGCACUUCACCUUGGUGAUGGCUGAGCUCCAGAGCCUCCUGAAGGCCACAGGGGAGAUGUCCAAGGAGUUUGUGCUCAUCACCCUGAGCAAACUCUUCAGCACAUAUGCUCCACAGUGCAUCUCCUUCACGUGGCUGACGCUGGCCGGCCUGCGCAGUGUGGUGGGCCAGGUGAAGAGCGGCCGGAUCCUGCGCAUCGCUUGUGCUGUUGUGAAACAGUGGCUGGAUGGAGUCAAGACUACCUUGUCCUCUGGAACCCAAUGCCCCUGGUCUGCCAUGGAGAAAGAGCAAAUCUAUGAGAACAUUCACGAGCUGCUCUUCUCUGUGGUGCAGAACUGGCAGGACUGCCAGGAGGAGGAGGACAAACAGGCUGUCCUUGGGGCUGUGGCUGCCAUGUUGGAUGUUCUCCUGCAAGAGGAGCUGCAUCAAGAUGCCGUGUUCUACCAGCUCUAUGAUGACACCAAACAGCACAGUGAGGCUGAUCAUGCAGAGCUGACCCACUGCAUCAUGCUGCAGGCCCGGAUCUGCCCCGAGGAAACGAUCCUGUUUCUGCAGUCACAGCUGGAAGAUGACUGGGAGACUGGAUGCGUGGCAGCCCUGGAUCUGCUUGGUGCUCUGGCUCGCUCUGAUGAGCCCAUGAUGACGGAGAAGCUGCCCCAGGUUGUUGAGGCUGUGCAGCGUUUGUGCAGCGACUCCAGGAUCCGGGUGAGGAGGGCCAUUCUGCAUUUCGUUAAUGAUCUGCUGAAUGCUAACACCCGGAGCUGCUCAGCUUGGGAUGUGGUGGGGCACAUUUUCAGUGAGUUCAGCCGCACUGCAGGAAGAAGGGCAGCCGGAGACCUUUCUACCCGGGAAGCCCAGGAAGAAGGAGCUCUGCAGGAGCUAUGCAUGAACAUCCUGGGGACACUGGAUGUCUCUGUGAGAGGGAUGUCCAAACUCCUGUGGCCGCGGCUGCUACUGUUUGUGGUGCCAGCUCAGUACACUGGCAUGCUGAUCCCGGUCUCCCGCUGUGUCCAAGCCCUGUCUAAGAGAGAGGACCUGACAGGACGGCGGAUAGAAGAUCUGGAUCCUCAUUUUAUCAGCUCCGUGUUUCAAGGCCCAAUGCUGACUCCUCAAACACUACUGGCGCGCCUGCUGGUGGUGGCAGGGAGUCCUGUUGCAGGCAGCGAACUCCAAGCCGCUGCCUUACUACUGAUGAAAAACCUCCACAGCAGGUUCCACAGAGCUGUGGGGGCCAUGUGGGCUACUGAGAUCCCCCUGCUGCUGCAGUGCCUUGAAGGGAAAGAGGAGAGCUUCCCAGACACUGCAGAGUUCGAGCACCGUCUGCUAAAGUUCCUGAGGGCGUCGCUGGACACCAUAGAAGAUGAGGCCUGGACCGAGGCCCUGAGCUGUGAGCUGAGCCAGCGGCUGAGCAGCUCUGCCAGCAGCUCUGGAGAAAAGUCUUUCCUGUACAAGGCUCUGGGCACAGUGCUGGGAGCCUGUAAGGGAGACCUCUUCAUCCAGGAGAAGCUGCUGCAGCACCUGGAGGAAGCAAACAUGGAGGAGUCAUCUGAGGCCCAGGGAAUGAUCUCGCUUCUCAGCCAUGCUGCUGAGAGCAAUUUCCAAACAGUCCUGGCCACACUCACCACGUUUGCAUCCAGGCUGUGCAAAGGCUGCAAUGCAAGGAUUUCCAGGCGCAAGAAGAUGGAGCUGGACAGCAGGAGAGCUCAUGCCACACGCAGCGCUCUCAUGCUCGCCCAUGGCAGCUUGGCACUGCGUGCCUCCAAGGAGCAGCUGCUUGCCCACCUGGAGGGAGACAUUGUGGGCAACAUCCUGAUGCUGUACAGCUGCAGCUGCCGGGACUUGCAGAACAAGCUCGCACUGGUGCAGAGCAUCUCUGACUUCAGCUCUGCCUUCCACGCUGUGGGUGACUCUGCCUUCUUUAAUCCCUCCUUGAAGUGCAAGCUGCUGGAGAUCUUGAUGGACUUCAUGAAGAAGUAUUACUCGGGCAUCCCUGUCUCCCCGGUGCCCCUCAAGGUGGUUCUGGCCCUGGAGCAGUUGAGCAAGCUGAAGCCAUCUUUCGAAAGCAAGGACAUGCGUGAAAUGUUGGUUCUGUGCUGCAAGAACAUUGUGACACACCCUUCAGCAGAGGUGAUGGUGAAGAUCAGGAAGUCACAGCAAGCAGCGCAGUACCUGCAGCUUCAGCAAAGAUCACUGAAAGCUCUGGGCCGGCUCAUGGCGGUUCUGCUUGAGACAGAGCCCACCGGCAGCUUCUUUCAGAACAUAGUCCACGUCCUGCAGAGAUCGGUGACGUCAGGAAACGUGUGGGAGCGCAAGAGGGCCCUGCAGACCUGCUCCCAGCUGUUGGCUGUUUGCGAAGAGCUUCAAAGAGGAGAUGUCUGCGAGCACUUUGGCUCCUUGGUGGGAUUGCUGGCACCUCUUACAUGCGACCCUAUGCCCGCAUCCCGCCAGCUGGCCGUCACCUGUCUGAGCUCCCUUCUCCAAAUCCAAGCCAAAGCGAGCAACAGAGUUAGUGAGACAGGUGACAUCAGGAGCCUGUGUGAGGGGCUGCAUUCCUGCAGUGUCAUCUCUCAGCUCCAGACCUCAUCCAAAAUGGCAAGAAUCGUGUGCAGAAACUUCCCCCUCGAACGCACCGUUGACUUCAUGUUGGCCAUCAAAGAGACCAUCCGGAGAGCCAACGGAGUGCGUGUGCGUGCUGCUGGGAAGUGGAUGACCACCUUUCUGCAGAUGCACGGGAAGGACAUCUGUCGGGACGUGCAACCGAUCCUCUACAUCCUGCGCAACUGCACGUCAUCUGCACAGCAGAGCCUAUUCAUGCCCUUCCUGUGCCAGGCAGUGGUCAUCCUCAGCUGCUGUCACAGUGCAGCCAUGAUUGACAACUUCUCCCGUCUGCUUGGGCCCACAGACAGUGAGACAUGGAGGAGAAUAAGAGAGUUUUGCCUUCAGCGAUGGAGACGAUAGAAGAAGAGAAGAGGAAAGGAUUUGAGAGAGAAGAGGAGAGGAGAG